AUGUCCUGGAACGCGACCAACUGCCCUGACGGCAUACCGGAGUCCUCGACCCUCAACAUUCCGUCCAACAUUACCUUCGCCUACGUCCCAUCCACCAACACCAGCGACCAGGCCCUUGUGGCCUGUUGCGACCCAAAUCCAGUCAGCGUUGCUGACAGCUGUUUUGCCUGGUGCGAGGCCCCACCGGGAUUGGCUUCGCUUGAGGAAUUCUCGAACUGCCUCGUCAAUCACGAAGGGGAUGACAGCAGAUGGAGGCAUGGCAUUCUGGGAUUCCACGAGAAGAGCGGGGCUUCGACCAGGAACCCUCCAGUGGGCCUGUUUGUGUUAUGCAUCUGGGGGCUGAGUGUGGCAGCGCUCUUUUCUUGA